AAAUAAAAUUAAAAAAAAAAAAAUAAAAAUAUUUAUAAUCCAGAGACCAGAUAAAUGUACUAUGAAAUAUAAUCUCUUUUAAAAAAUUAAUUUUGGAAAAAAAUUUGGAAACGUUGUUUCAUAUCCGUAUUCUUACAUCAUACAUAGCUGCUAAUAGAGUUCUUCCAAGUACUUUAGGCAAUGUGAUUAUGAGAUCAUAACUGUAUUGUGGGCUUCGGCCAUACUCAAUAACUACCAUAGUCAUUAGGAGAAGAAAUAAUUUUCCAGCAUUUUGUUGUUAUUGUUAAUUUUUAAAUUUAAAUUUUUUUCUUCCAAAAUAUUUUUGAGUGCGCUGCAUAUGUUUUUACAGAUUUCUGCGGUUAAAAGUCCGUGUGCCUUCAUUGCUUUAAGUAGCAUUAGCUUUCGUUAAAGAAAACAGUCUCGAAAAAUAAAACGGAGUUCUGAAUGAGAUGAGAUGAGAGAUAUACCAAUAUAUGUAUACUAGGAUAGGUCCAAAAAACGAAACUCUUGUUUUCGCUUGGUACUCUGAAAAAUAGUUAGGCAGUUUCAUACAAAUCUAUGAGUUUUCAGAUUUAUGAUAAUUUUUUCCUUCAUUGAGUUAUAAAAUUCAUAAAAAAAUACUAUUUGCGCUGGGUAUAUUAAAUCUCCAUAGUUUUGUUUCAGUUACAGUCGAUUAGGGGGAUUUCAGAAACCGGUUACUGCACGCUUCUAAUUUUUUAUGAAGAAAAAAUCAAGGCAGUCCAAAACUAAAAUAAUUUUAAUAAUAUUUUUAGAGCAAAAAACUAAGAAGUUACUAAAAACCAAAAUUAAGAAAAAACUUACGGAUCUAUAAUUAUAUAUUUUUUUAGAAACUCUGCAAAACUACACGAGCUGAGUUUUGUAAAUAAAUCUAGAAAGACUACAAAAAAUAUGUUGUUGAAGCUCAAUUGCUUCGAAAAAAGUUAAUAAACCAAAACUGUAUGAAAAAUGAGAAAAUAGUAAAUAUUCUAAGUGUAAUCUGAAGUAAAAACAAGUAAAAAAGAAAACCAAGAAAAAAAUAAAUAUUAUUUUAAAAUAAAAAAAUAUGUAAAGGAAAUGUGAGAUUUAAUCCUCUUUUGAAAGUUAAUUGUGUGUGUAAGUUAAAGCUUUAAUAUAAAAAGAGUAUGUAAAUUAUAUAAUUAAAAAAUAUAAAUAUUUUUUAUAAAAAUAUAUCAUAUUAAAUAAAAUACAAUCUCCUAAAUAUAGACCAAAAAUAAGUGUACUUUAAUUAUAAUAAUGAAUUUUAAUUAUAACAAAAAAGCAUGCAAUCCAAAAAAUUAAUAAUAAAAAACUAAAGAAAAAACGUAAUAAAAAAAUUUAGUGGCAAACAAAUCUGUUUAAAUUCUGUGAAUUGUUAUUUAACAACAAUAAAGUGUAAAAAAAUUGAAUGCUGUGAUAUUUGGUCAUUGAAGUGAUGCGAUCACGCGAUGUACAUAGGUGUUUAAAACAUCAUUUGCGAAUUCAAUUAAUGUUAUAUAAUUUAAAAUGUUUUCGUGCAAUUAAUCCCAAGUGAGGUGACAGCCUAACGCAAUUGAUUGUUUAACUAAGUGAUAUACAAAAAUAUAUGUAUAUGUAAAGUACUGCCCACAUACGCUCGCCUCUUGGAGUACAAACACUCCACACUUCACACAGCGCAACAGCGGGCACAUACUGCGGCGACAAGCGGACGACGCGGCCUAGCGGAGCGACAGUUGGCGGUGAAAACGUGUCAUGCAUUGGCUCGAUGGCAGCAUUUCGCUGGAUGAAAAUUUAAUUAGUGGACGCGUCAGCGGCGGCAGUAACGGUGAAAAUAGCGACAGCAAUCAAAGUAAAACAUCGUUGAAAGCAAAACGAAGACGCCUCGCUCAUUACAAGCUCAGCAGCAGAUUGGAUCGAAAGUCAUCACGUGGCAUGAUCUAUGAGAAUGAGGAACUGAGGCUGCGUACCAUCAAUAUAAAUGCUGAGGUCGAAAGAGGGCAAUCGGACAUCAAACGUUUGCGUAGAGAGAAUGAGCAGCUGCGCCGCGAGAUUUGGACGCUACGCGAUGAGUGUGAUCGCUUGAACAAGCGCUUCAAGGCGAAGCUUUUGGAUCACGACCAUGCUUGCAAUGCGCGGCACAGCGUUUGUAGUGGCGGCGGGCGCGGUAGUGGGCACAUUUGUGACAGUAACUGCAACAGUGAUGAUUCAGAUUCCUGUGAUACCUGCAAAGGCAACGAUGACCAAUGUAGUGAUGAGUGCUGCACGGGCGGCAGCUGUCCCCAGCUGGCGACCAAGCAACCGGUUAUUGAGUUUGCGCCUGAUACGCCCACCACAACGACAGCAACGCGCCCAGAUAUGGCCAAUUUUGUGGUUAAAUCUGCGGGUGCUAAUUCGGAAAGUGUGCCAAAUUUACAUCAAGCAUUCGAUCAUUUGUCCGUGGUGUCGGAGGAAACGAUGAGUAAUGCCGACCAGCAUACGCAUGUGCCGCACAAUGAGCUGCUGCACAUAUACACGUCCGACGGCGGUGGCUCGCAGAUGACAUUACCCAGCUUAGUUGGGCCGUUGACGCCGUUGACGCCCAUCGAACAGGUGGCCAAUCAGCUGAACGACCUGCAGGCGGUUGUGCCGCCCCUAUCUUAUUUCGAGAAUGUGUUGCAAGAUCAUAUGGGCUCUAAUAUAGGUAAUACGCCCAAUACGAGCUCGCCCACGUCGAAACUAAUGCGUCACACCAAUGGCUGGGACUACAAGUUGCAAUCGCCUUUCGCGCAUAGAAAGAUUUCAACAGGCGCUUCGCCGCCGGCACUGCAAAUUGCCACACCGCUUACGCAGAAUUCUACGCAACAACAACAACAACAGAGACUAGCGCCACCUCAACUGCUAACCACAUUUGUGCCAACCAUAGUGGCGCCACCGGCGAGUAAUGAGUCGACGGCAAACCCCGCAAGUCUCACCGUGUCAGCGCCGAGCGCGCAACAAUCGAAUUCGACUGUUAUAGAGACAGUUGCAAUUACAACGACGCCAUCAAAUGCAUUGCCAACGCUUAAUAGCCCAAGACACUUCUUUGCACCACUAAAGCCACGGCUGAAAAUCAAUACAACUUUAGCUAAUAAAGCACUGACAGGUGAUGCCAAUGUGCCUGCGGAGUCCACACCAAUAUCAACGCCAACCACGUUAGCUGCGGAUGCCGAAAGCAGCGGCUGUCAUAAUUGUGAGCCGCCUGACCUUUAUGUACACAACGGCUUGGCCUCACCCUAUCAGCAUCAGGUGUUGACGGCGGCGGGCGCCGACAACGCUGUGCCACCGCCAAUACCACAGCGUGGUAGCUCCUCCCAAGUAAGUCCACAACAUCGCGCACGCGUGCAACGCCAACAACAACAGCUGUUGGCGCCGCAGCAGCAAUAUUUGCAGCCACAUCAACACACGCAUCAGCAUCAGCAGCAGCACCAGCGGCUGCCACAACAGCAAUAUGCAGAACUGCAGUCACCACCUGCACUGCCGCAGUCAUCGUUGAUCACCAUCACAGUGACCGUGGACGAUGCUGAUGAGGUUGCCGCCGGUGUUGAUGCUGCUGCCGCCUGCGGUGAGGAUGCGGUUAUUGCCGCCGAUAUCCCGCUUAACACGCACGCUUCGACGGCGGCAUUAAUUAACACGCCACAAAGGCUGCAGGCGCCGCUUCAGGCUAUGCCCAAAUUGUCGGCGCUGCAAUCGCUCGCCGCAUUGCCGACUGUUUUCGUAGCACAGCCAAAUGCUGUAAUAACAAAAUUAAGCGAACCCAUUUAUGCUACCGCACAAAAACGCUGUAAAAAUCUUUUAAUUGCACCGGCCGUGACCAAGCCGCUAAUGGCGGCCGCCAUUAACACCAAUAAACGCCUAACACCAACAACAUCGAAUCGUAGCAGUGCGACUGCAACGCCAGUACACUCGCCGUUACCGCAGUCGACACCAACAUCGAUGUCAAAAGCAAUUCUGGUGGAUAGUCAAAGCCAGACGGAGUCCGUGAACCUGGAAACCAUACUCAAUGAUAUCCAAGCCAUAUCUGAGGAUAUCUUAGCUAUUCAACUGGACAAACACAGGGAGAACGACAACGCCAUCAAUAAACCGCUGGAGCAGGAAGACAAAAAUAAGAAACCUUACCGCUCAGAAAUGAAUUUAACACUACAAUAUGACGGCGCGAACCAAGUUGCAGUUGGCGCCAGUACAGCAGCUACCAGCGCCAAUACAACAGUGACUGCCACACAAACAUUCUACAGCAGCAAUGGCAAAGGCAACAACCGCUGCACGCGUUCACUAGAGCGCGAGCAUACAGACAGCCCAUCGCCGCAUAUACCCGACGCUAUGGUGCCUUUCCCAGAUAAGCGCACAUAUAUUGGCUUUGAUCAGCUGAAUAAUGAGGCGUGCCUGGAGCUGCCACCUACGAGUGUGGCAAAUAUGCAGCGACCACCGUUGCCGCCUGUCGCUGGUGUAGCCAAGCCGGCGCAGCCACCGACGCCGCCAGCGCGUGGAUUUCCCUCACCAUUAAAUAUACGCUGCGCAGGUGUAGCGCGUGCCACGCCUGUGGCAAUACCACAACCGCCUACAGAUGAAACAGCUGGAGCGCAACUUAACAAGCCGAUGACGCUCGGCUUUGCGCCCAAUAAAAGUCAACUGUAUGCCGCGGUGGCGAACGCGGCGGCUAAGCGUGCGCAAUAUCGCGCUGCAAUGACACAUUCGUUGGACGCGGAGUUGAAUGCGGCAGGUGCAACGGCUUUGAGUGAGACAAGUGCUGCUGAGGUAGCAAACGAGGCACUCAAUACAGAGGCGGCGCGUCGGAAAGCGCGCCGCGUUUCAAUCGUGUGCGGUGAUUCAAGCACGCCAGACUCUCCAGAUCCGGUGAUGAAUCCACAAUUAGUUCGAUCUCAAGCACAAAUAAAUCUAAGCGGUAUGCAGGAUGGUAGCAUAACAAAUGUCAAUACCAACAACUCCAACGUAGCGAGCGCAGCGGGCCAACCAACCAAUGGUAGCUGCACAGAUUUGCAGGCCGUGCUGCUCAAUCCGGCGCUGCGUAAUCUCAAGCAAACCAGCCACAGCACUCCCAACUCACCACAUUCCGUGCGGCGCCGUAGCAACAGCAAUACGAUGAGCCCGAAUAACGGCGUUGCUGAUCCCACACAACCGCAAUCUCUCUCGGCGAACACGUCGCCGAAGCAUGCCGCCAACGCGCACCAUCGCCACACAAAUAGCAGCUGCAGCAAUAUAGCGGUGGCGCAUCAACGUAAAUCCAGCCAAGACUCGACACGCACCAAUGCCGGUGAGGGCGCCACUGUCGAAGCGGUUACAGGGCGCUCGCGCUGUUCUCGUCGCCACUCUGAUGGCACCGUAGCGAGUAAUGCGCAGCGUGUCAGCGGCACUUCCGGCCAUCACCAUCAUCAUCAUCAUCAUCACCCGCACACAUCGUCGUUGCUGAGCAAUAAUCUGCAUCACAGUCACCACUCGCAUCAGGAUAGCACUUCAUAUUCGGAGCAUGGUUCGAAUAGCUCGGCAUCAUCGCGGGAGUCAUCAACUUCGUUCAGCGUGCGCUCGCAUCGGCGAAAGAUUUCCAUCAGUUCGCAUACGGGUGGUAAAAUACCAUGGUGCGGGUGCUGGGGCAACGGUUGCUUGUAGAUUAUGUUAGUAAAUGGUGUGUGCAUGCUAGGAAAUCGGUUAAUGUAUAAAUACGAAUGACGAACUGGCUGUAGUAAAUAAUUUUAGUUAAUAAAGUAUAAAUAAUUAAUUCUACUAUAUAUUAGUGUUAGUGUAAUCGCUUUACUUUUAUUGUAAACUAGUAAAUUAACUGUACCAUAUUACGCUUUCGGUUAGUCAAAAGGCCCUUUGAUUGUAUGUAGCUUACAAAUAUUAAACAAAAAAUUAAAUAUACAUAUAUAUAUGAAAUAUAACAAUAAUUAUCAAUUAAAUUUA